AUGUGCGGCAUUCUUGGACUCAUCCUUGGGGAUAUCGGUGAUCCCUACUCGACAACUGCCGCUGCCGACCUCCACGAUGCGCUCUACUAUCUCCAGCAUAGAGGGCAAGAUGCGUGUGGCAUAGCUACGUGUGCCUCAGGCGGAAGAAUAUAUCAGUGCAAAGGCAACGGCAUGGCCGCUAAUGUCUUUUCCGACGGAUCGCGAGUUCAAGACCUUCCUGGUUUCAUGGGCCUGGGUCAUCUGAGAUAUCCUACUGCCGGCAGCAGCGCCAGCGCCGAGGCACAGCCAUUCUAUGUCAACAGCCCGUAUGGAAUCACAUUCGCUCAUAAUGGGAACCUGAUCAAUGCCGAAGAGCUCCGAACCUUCCUCGACAGAGAGGCGCAUCGGCAUAUCAAUACCGACAGCGAUAGCGAAUUGAUGUUGAAUAUCUUCGCCAAUGAGCUGAACGAAACUGGAAAGGCCCGUGUCAAUGAGGAAGAUAUUUUCAGCAGUUUGGAGCGGAUGUACGGAAAAUGUGUGGGCGGUUGGGCUUGCGCAUCAAUGUUAGCCGGGUUUGGCAUUCUCGGCUUCCGCGAUCCUUAUGGAAUUCGGCCUCUUGUUCUAGGUUCUCGUCCUUCCAAGACAUUAACCGGUGCUACGGAUUAUAUGAUGGCUUCUGAGUCGGUUGCUUUGCGCCAGCUCGGAUUUGGCGACAUUGUGGAUAUCCUUCCUGGACAAGCUGUCAUAAUUCGGAAGGGAUCCAAGCCUAUCUUCCGGCAGGUCGUCCCCCAGCUUGCGUAUUCACCAGAUAUUUUUGAAUUCGUUUAUUUCUCGCGGCCGGACUCUGUUAUUGAUGGCAUCAGCGUCCACCAAAGCCGUCAGAAUAUGGGUUACAAACUGGCUGACACGCUCAUCCGAACCCUGGGCGAGGAAGGUAUCAAGGAAAUCGAUUGUAUCAUCCCUAUUCCUGAGACGUCCAAUACAUCUGCAGCCAGUCUUUCCGAGCGACUCAAAAUCCCCUAUUGCCAGGGCUUCGUUAAGAAUCGAUAUGUCUUCCGGACCUUCAUUAUGCCUGGGCAAGGUGCGCGCCAAAAGUCUGUGCGUCGGAAAUUGAGUCCUAUCCCGUCCGAAUUUGCAGGCCGGACUGUUCUUCUUGUCGAUGAUAGCAUUGUCCGUGGUACUACCAGCCGAGAGAUUGUCAACAUGGCAAGAGAAGCUGGUGCCAAGAAGGUCAUCUUUGCUUCUAGCGCUCCUCCCAUCACUCAUCAACACAUCUACGGAAUUGAUCUUGCAUCGCCCAAGGAGCUUGUAGCGCAUAACCGAGAUAGGCUAGAAAUUGCCAAACACAUCGGUGCUGAGGAAGUCAUCUAUCAAUCACUGGAGGAUUUGAAAGCUGCCUGUGCAUCACUCUCUCCCCGAGGCCCUUCACAGGAGUUUGAGGUCGGCGUUUUCUGUGGUAAAUACGUCACUCCUGUUACCAAAGGCUAUUUCGAGCAUCUUGAAAGACUCCGAGGCGAAGGCAAGAGGCUCAAGACGUUGCAGGGGGCGAAGGAGGCAGUCUGCAAUGGACAAGCUGGAGAGCGGGAAUUUGAACUGGUCACCAAUGGAGCGGUAGUCAACGAGCAUGGAGAGGUUGUUCCGGAAGGUUCUAAUGACGAUUCGACCGGGUAUUCGAACAAGGACAGAUACAGAGAGGAGCCCAAUGCUUCGACUGUUCGAGACCGUCAUGACAUUAGCUUGCACAAUUUCGCAAACGAGCGUAAUCGAGACUAUGAGUAA